AUGGCAUCCCGACUGCAGAUACGGCUGAUGACCUGGGAUGUAAAGGACACACUGCUCAGGCUUCGCCAACCUGUGGGUGAGGAGUAUGCCACCAAGGCCCGGGCCCACGGGCUGCAGGUAGAGCCUGCAGCCCUGGGGCAAGCCUUCAGGCAGGCGUACAAAGCUCAGAGCCACAGCUUUCCCAACUACGGCCUGAGCUGCGGCCUCACCUCCCGCCAGUGGUGGCUGGAUGUGGUCCGGCAGACCUUCUACCUGGCGGGUGUUCGCGACGUGCAGGCUGUGGCCCCCAUUGCUGACCAGUUGUAUGAGGACUUCAGCAGCCCUUGUACCUGGCAAGUGAUGGAGGGGGCCAGAACCACCCUGAUGCAGUGCCACAAGCGAGGUCUGAGGAUGGCCGUGGUCUCCAACUUCGACCGGCGGCUAGACGGCAUCCUGGUGGGCCUUGGCCUGCGGGAACACUUCGACUUUGUGCUGACCUCUGAGGCUGCCGGCUGGCCGAAACCAGACCCCCGAAUUUUCCACAAGGCUUUGCAGCUUGCUCACGUGGAGCCUGCAGUGGCAGCCCACGUUGGAGACAGCUACCGCUGUGAUUACCAGGGUGCCCAGGCUGUAGGCAUGCACAGUUUCCUUGUGACUGGACCAGAGCCUCUGGACCCUGUGGUCAAGAAUUCUGUACCUAAAGAACACAUUCUCCCCUCCCUAUCCCAUCUCCUGCCUGCGCUGGACCACCUGGAGGGCUCGCUCCCUGCGCCUUGA